AUGGCUGACGGAAAAGGACUCGAGGAUGUCCCCGAGGGUCAGAUCGAGUCGAACUACGAUGAGACCACCGACUCCUUUGAUGCGAUGAACCUGAAGGCCGAGCUCCUUCGCGGAGUCUACGCCUACGGUUUCGAGCGCCCGUCUGCUAUCCAGCAGCGCGCUAUCAUGCCCGUUAUCAAGGGGCAUGAUGUCAUUGCUCAAGCUCAGUCCGGUACUGGCAAGACUGCGACCUUCUCCAUCUCGGUCCUCCAGAAGCUCGACCCGAACAUCAAGGCCUGCCAGGCCCUUAUCCUCGCCCCCACCCGCGAGUUGGCCCAACAAAUCCAGAAGGUCGUGGUUGCCAUCGGUGACUUUAUGAACGUCGAGUGCCACGCCUGUAUUGGUGGUACCAGCGUUCGCGAUGACAUGAAGGCUCUGCAGGAGGGUCCCCAGGUCGUCGUCGGUACCCCCGGCCGUGUCCAGGACAUGAUCCAACGCCGUGUCCUCAAGACCGACCACAUGAAGAUGUUCGUCCUUGAUGAGGCCGACGAGAUGUUGUCCCGUGGGUUUACCGAGCAGAUCUACGACAUCUUCCAGCUCCUGCCGCAAUCCACCCAGGUUGUCCUCCUCUCGGCCACCAUGCCCCAGGACGUCUUAGAGGUUACCACCAAGUUCAUGCGCGACCCGAUCCGCAUUCUCGUCAAGAAGGAUGAGCUUACCCUAGAAGGUAUUAAGCAAUUCUACAUCGCCGUCGAGAAGGAAGAUUGGAAGCUCGACACCCUCUCCGAUCUGUACGAGACCGUUACGAUCACCCAAGCCGUCAUCUUCUGCAACACCCGUAGAAAGGUCGACUGGCUCACCGACAAGCUCACUGCCCGUGACUUCACCGUCUCCGCCAUGCACGGUGACAUGGACCAGCCCCAGCGUGAUGUUAUCAUGAAGGAGUUCCGUUCCGGUUCUUCUCGUGUUUUGAUCGCUACUGAUCUUUUGGCCCGUGGUAUCGACGUUCAGCAGGUCUCCCUUGUCAUCAACUAUGACUUGCCUGCCAACCGCGAGAAUUACAUCCACAGGAUCGGUCGUGGUGGUCGUUUCGGACGGAAGGGCGUUGCCAUCAACUUCGUCACCGCCGAGGACGUGCGCAUGAUGCGCGAAAUCGAACAGUUCUACAGCACCCAGAUUGAGGAGAUGCCCAUGAACGUUGCUGGUAAGUCCCGAAUCAUGCACUUCGGCCUAACUAAAUACAGACUACUGAUGAAUUUGAAUAGAUUUGAUCUAAGUAUUGAUCUACAAGGGCGCCCUAUUUCUCAUCAAUACCAGCAAUAUGCCCCGCUGGUACAUUGA